UGACGCAAGGUCUGCGCCGUACGCCGAGCCACGUCGUGAUGUCAUCAGGUCUCGCCCGCGUGGCUGUGGGCGUGGCCAGCGUGGCUUCUCGGGACCACCUGAACUCACGGCCAUGGCCCCGGCCGCCGCCAGCCCCCCGGAGGUGAUCCGCGCGGCGCAGAAGGACGAGUACUACCGCGGUGGGCUGCGGAGCGCGGCGGGCGGCGCCUUGCACAGCCUGGCGGGUGCGAGGAAGUGGCUGGAGUGGAGGAAGGAGGUUGAGCUGCUCUCAGAUGUGGCCUACUUUGGCCUUACCACACUUGCAGGCUACCAGACCCUGGGGGAGGAGUACGUCAGCAUCGUCCAGGUGGACCCGUCACAGACACGUGUGCCCUCCUGGCUGCGCCGUGGCGUGCUGGUGACGCUGCAUGCCGUCCUGCCCUACCUGCUGGACAAGGUCCUACUCCCCCUAGAGCAGGAGUUGCAGGCUGAUCCUGACGGUGGGCGGCCUUCGCAGGGGAGCCUGGUGCCAGGUAGGCGUAGCUGCUCAGGGGUGCGGCGCUGGGUGCGUCACCACACGGCCACCCUGACCGAGCAACAGAGGAGGGCGCUGCUGCGGGCGGCCUUCGUCCUCAGACAGGGCCUCUCCUGCCUCCAGCGGCUACAUGUUGCCUGGUUUUACAUCCACGGUGUCUUCUACCACCUGGCCAAGAGGCUCACGGGGAUCACGUACCUCCGUGUCCGCAGCCUGCCCGGGGAGGACCUGAGGGCCCGUGUUAGCUACAGGCUGCUGGGGGUCGUCUCGCUGCUGCACCUGGUGCUGUCCGUGGGGCUGCAGCUGUAUGGCUUCAGGCAGCGGCAGCGAGCCAGGAAGGAGUGGAGGCUGCACCGCGGCCUGUCUCACCGCAGGGGCUCCCUGGAGGAGAGAGCCGUUUCCAGAAACCCCCUGUGCACCCUGUGCCUGGAGGAGCGCAGGCACCCGACAGCCACGCCCUGCGGCCACCUGUUCUGCUGGGAGUGCAUCACCGCGUGGUGCAGCAGCAAGGCGGAGUGUCCUCUCUGCCGGGAGAAGUUCCCUCUCCAGAAGCUCAUCUACCUUCGGCACUACCGCUGAGCCGGCGCCCAGGUGGGCCUGGACACAGAUGACUUCUACGGAAGUCUGAACGCCAAGAUUUAGUCUCAAGAUGAACCUUACUUGCAGAGAAAUUAGAACAUUCUCACAGGUUUUCUAUCAUGUAAGAUACUAACCCAGCCACCCCGGGAGAGAACAGAAAGCUGUCCGUGACUGCUUUCUCAGCCCUGGGAGGGGCGCUAACCCCAACCUGGUAUGACUCAGCCACUUCUUCAGGAAUUUCACUUAUUUGGACAGGAUUUUAGGUUUCCCUCCCUUCCCCAAACCAUACAGUUGAGAAGUAAUUCAGAAGUAGGCCAGAAGACACUUUAUUCAUUUAUAUUGUGAGAAAAUGGUUCCAUCAGGCUUGUGUUAAGGCAAUGGACUGAAUGAGUGCAUGUUGAGUUGGGAUGGGGCACGGGGGGGCUGGCGGUUUGCUUCAGCCAGUGUGGUGAGAACAGCAGUCCCACGGCCCCCAUCGGAGGCGGUCAGGCUCUCCCCCAGAGUAGCUGGGCAGAGAAACCAACCAAGGUCAGCACCUCCAUCUGAAGCAUUUGGCACACACCUUCAAAACACAUCAAGGCUGCUUCCAGUUUCCGAAAACAGAAAUCUGCAUCUCGGGCCUGACAUGCACACAGAGCUCUCCUCCUGACCCAAAUGCACUCACGUGCCAGGUCCUGGGGGUUGGGGGCUGCCAGGGCGCCCAAGCCUUCUCCUGGGGGCCCGCUGGGUAGGCAACCUGCUGACCCAGCGUCACUGCUGUGCUUAGCCCCUCAGCUCGGCCCCAGCCUAUUUCCUGCCUCCAUUUGACAUUUCCAGGUUUUCAAAAUUGCAUUUAACCUGUGCCAGAGACUUCACUGUAGGCAUCUUUAAUAAACUCACUCCA